UCAGCUCAGGCUUUUCAAUUCCUGGAUGGCAGCAGAGUGCUAAUCCAACCUUCAUCCUGGAUUUCAUAAACUGAAACAAGGGAGGCUGGCAGGAGCAGCGCUGCCGGAUUGAGGAAGCUGACGACGGUGCAGCAUGUGGGCAACACACUGUAUAAAGCUCAUAAACUUGUAGGCUGAUGUGUGCAGCUACCACUUUGGAUUCUGUACUGCUGCUUCCCUCGGCACAAGGCACCAGCAGGCUGAGCAUUAAAGCCUGCUCUUUGGGACGGAGCGCUUACCCCUGCAAGACAUGAAGGGCUUCCUGUUUCUCACACUCCUCCUGAUGCCCGUGCACGCUGGAGCUGCUUGGAGUGCGAAAUACGCAGUAGAUUGUCCCGAGCCCUGUGACAGUAACGCAUGCAAAAGUACCUUGCGCUGUAAGCGAACGGUGCUGGAUGACUGUGGCUGCUGCAGAGUGUGUGCAGCUGCUCUGGGGGAGACUUGCUAUCGUACGGUCUCGGGUAUGGAUGGUGUCAAGUGUGGUCCUGGGCUGAAGUGCCAGUUUUACACAGAGGAGGAUGACUUUGGUGAUGAAUUUGGUAUCUGCAAAGAGUGUCCCUAUGGUACCUAUGGAAUGGAAUGCAGGAAAACGUGCAACUGUCCCUCUGGCAUCUGUGACAGAGUAACUGGGAAGUGUUUGAAGUUCCCAUUUUUUCAACUGUCUGCUUCAAAGCCUCCAAAUCGACGAAAAAUAGUUUCACACACAGAGAACGACAUGGCAUCUGGGGAUGGCAAUUCUGUAAAAGAGGAAUUUGUUAAGGAGAAAGCUAUUCGCUCUCCAGUAAUGAAAUGGCUAAAUCCUCGCUGAUAUUUACUUACACUCAUAAGACUUUUAAGUGAAUGCAUUUCUCACAAAUUAUUGAAUAUGCAACAACACACUUUAAAAGCAAAGUAGAUGUAUAGCGUAUCAAAAUAUAACCUCUGAAGGCCAAUUGUGAUUCUGUUUUUCAUGAGAAAAAUGUUUACUUAAAAAUAGACUGUACAGUGUAUAUGAUUUUUGAUAUUUGUUUUGAUAAGUAUUUGAACAGAGAAGUGUAUUGUGGAUUCCUGAAUGUAUAGUAAUAUUAAAAAAACAACAUGAUUCAACUCUCCUCAUCUAAAUAAUGCCAGAGGCCAACUUUUGCAGCCUGAGGCCGGGGAAGCUCUCACUGAAUUCUGUGGACAGUUUGGGUGAGUGAAACUAUUGGUGUGGAGCCAACGUGAAAAGAAACACACAUCAACAAAUACCAGGAUAGAAAACAGCACCCCUGAACCACAAGAAUAAUAAUAACUACGUAGGAGCACUACAGUGUGAAGUAAAUAAACCACCGUCAGUCAUUAGUCAUUCUCUGGUUUUUGGAAGUUUGGCUGCAAUUCCUCAGAGAUGAAGACACCUUUCUUCAGUCAGAAAACACCCAGCAUUUCAGUUUACACACUGUGAAUAACUUACCCAAGACACUGCAGAUGUGUAUUGUACUGAGGUGGAUUUCUAAAGUUAAAUUCUGUACAGAGAAACAGGAGCUUGGUAAAUUAUACAGAUUUGUAGAGGGGGAUCCGAAAUGAAAGAAGCUGCUUAUGAUUAUUUAAAUAUAUUUUUCUAUAAAGCAGCUACUUUGGUGUCAAUAAGGUGGUGUCUGCAUUUCUUGAGGAAGCAGUGGGUCCAGUUCCAGAGGCCAGCAAAGGCACCAUCGUACUCUCCAUCCUCAUCACUGUCUGAGGCCCAGCUGCGACUCACAGGGAAUUCAUCUGAUGGGGCUUGGGGAGGCUUGGACCUUCCCUUGGGGGUAGGGCAGCCACAUCCCACACUGCUUUGGUGCCCUGACCUUUGUUUCUUACACGAGCAAUAGCUCACAUUUCAGCCAGGAGAAUAACUUACAUACGUUAGAGUGCUGUAGGAACUGGCAAUCCCUCCUUUGGUCCAGACUGGGUGAUGUAUUUGUGACAUAGAAUUCCACACUGAGGUGGGUUUGCUAAUGUAUCUGCCAACAGCCAGAUCCUCAGAUAAUGGGAACUGGCAUAGUGUGUCACAGUGGGUUCAGGAGGCGCCUCGUUAAGGCAGAGCACUCCCAUUGCAAGUGUGGUUUGGAUUGAGUAUUUCCUUCUAAAUCAACGUGAGCUCUGACAGUGACUUGAGUGAAAGAAGGAGCCCACGGUGCCGCAGCCAGUGUUGGGUGCAGGGUCUGAAAACGUGCUAUGAACAACAGAAACUCCAGAGCCUUGAAGGAGGCCAAAUCCUGAUGAAAAGCCAAUGUUGAUGGAAGCUCGCUGCCUUCACCUGGGACAGCAGCACCAGACCAUGCUGUUCUAGAACAAAAGGAUGAAGACACCAGCAGACAUCCAAAUGUCAGUACGGCUGUGCAGGCUAUCUUGUCACAAUAACCUGAGACACAUAAACACAAGUCUCAAACAAGCAUAUAACACAUCAUUUUAACCUGUAUUGAAUGUUUAGGUCUGAGGAGAAGCAAUAUUAUCUGGGGAUAUUUACAAGCAAGUGCUUUGAUUCUCAUUUAUUGAUAUAAAAAGUAAUAUUUUCUUGAUUUCAGUGAGAGCAGGAUCAAACUCACCAUCCUUCAGCAGACUGAAGAGAAUUAUUUAAAGAAUGUAGUAAAUAUUUGCAUACAUCAUUAUUAUUUUGCAACAGUGUCAUAAAUGACAUUAUGAGUUCUUGAAUGUAAAUCUA